AUGGAUGGACUGCACGACAGCUUGAUGGCAGCCAUAGAAGGAACAGCAUAUUGUCCAAGAGUGGUAACACUAACCGAAGGACGUUUAGUGUGCCAUGGAGCCACUUUUGAUGAUGAUUACGAUAAAGAUGUCCUGGACAUGAUGGAUGGUAUAAUGUCUCAGGGGACCUACGGGAUCCUGCCUUUCUUCAUCUGCCCCGAGGGACUUAUCAUGAUCGCCAACGUGGUCUUCUUCACCCUGACCGCCUGGCACUGCUCCCAGGUCAAGAACGAGCUGGACAAGGUGGGGCACACCACCAUCGCCGACAAGAGGUUUAAGUCAGACCAAAAGAAGUGA